UGAUCCUGGUGGUGCCCGCGUGUGGGGCACUGCUGAGGUGAAUGCCACUUGCUCGUCUGAUUCCUCGGCCACAACACGACGUCUGCACUGGAAAAGUUGAAAAUGGGGAGAGCGCUGGGGCUGUGUGCACUGGCCCUGCUGAGCCUUCACGUCACACUAGUACUGAGUACAGAUGUGCUGAUCUUCUGUGAUGACCCCACAGUGGACCGGGCCGUGACCUCUGCCCUCACCAAGUUCAACAAGAACAUGUACACCGGACACAAGCUCGCGCUGUUCCAGGUCACUUCUGCCAGCAAGGCAGAAAAUGGCAUGUACUGGCUCGACUUCACCACCAGGAGGAGCAACUGUUCAGCGUCGGACCCCACCCCCUGGACACACUGCGACUACCUGCGCAUAGACAAGAAGCCCAUCAAAUGCAACGCCACAGUGCACAUGAACGAGACGCACACAGACACCGAGCACGUGGCGUGUCAGAUCGAGGGCCUGACUCCCUCUUCAAAGGCUCCGUGUGUGGGCUGUCCUGAAGAGAUCGAUGAGAACUCUGAGGACAUGAAAGUGCCUGUGUCUGUGUCCAUCUCCAAAUACAACAGCCAGUCUGACCACACACACCUGUUCACCCUGCACCAGAUCGGCCCGGCAACCAGACAGGUGGUGGCAGGUUUUCGUUUUAAGUUCAGGUUCGACAUGAGGAGGUCCAAGUGUGCCAAAGAGAAGCAUGCGGAGCUCCACCACCACUGCACAAUCGACGAUGAGAACAUAGAUUUUGUAAACUGUAACUCCACUGUGGAUAUGGCUCCAUGGAGACAGGAAGUGCCCAAUGUUCAUCUGGAGUGUGAGCCGGGACCAAUGCCCUCAGUCAUGCGGCGCCGCCCUCCUGGCUGGUCUCCCCUGAGAAACAUGCUGCUUGAGUUCACUUCUCCCGCUCCCCACAACGCCGCCCCGACUGAUCCUCCCCGCAAAACCAAAGAAGCCAAACCCUCAGGCAAAGAGGAGUCAUCUGAGGAGGACCUGGCCAAGCCCACCGUCUCCCCAGAUGAUGCCCCCUUCCACUGCCCCUCCAAACCAUGGAAACCGUUUCACCCGGUGCACGCUGGGAGCUCUGCCGCUGAAGCCACACCCCCCGGUGCUCCAGUGGAAGGGGGGUUCAGUGAUUCAGACCUGCUGGGAGUGUAGAAUGGGUUCAGGUGACGUCACAACAUGAUAAAAAGUCCACAGUUUAACAUUGAGCUGGAGGACAGGUCAGAAUUCUACGGCUCUAUUUGGAAAUAUGUCGAUUUGUUAGCUGAUCCAUAACAUAUAAUGAUGAGGUCCAACAUUUGUGGAUCAUAAUUUUUUAUAUUUCUUGCAAAAAUCUCCCAUAAAAAGUUACACUGGCCCCUGUCCUCCAUCGGAAUUUCAACAAACUCUAGAAUGUUGUGAAUUCACCGUAAAAGCUUAAUAUGGCAAAAUGCAUUCAGAUUUUGGCGUUUAUACAAAUGCGAAGGUGGAUACUCUGAACAGUCAGUAUCGAAAAUGAUUAACAAAUUGCUUCUGAAGUUACGUCAUUGGGUUCAACUUGUCAUAUUUCAUUAUUUAAAUCUUUACAGCAAAGCAAA